CGAGGCAGCACUUCCUGUUGAACUUUCGGUUAAACAUUGUCUCGCUAUGGCUGCAGAAGAGCUCGAUCAAAUCCAUGUCAUUGAAAACUUGUCCAACCAAGCCCUGCAGGAGUAUGAGGGCCUGCAGAAGAGGCACGAGACAGCAGCCAUGGAGUGCAAGAGGCUGGAGGAGGAGAGAGACGAGGCCAUCAAGAAGCUCAAUGAGUUCCAGCAAGUUUCUCAGAUGGUAAUUGAAGAGGUCAACGCCAUUCAGGAGGACCUGGUGAUCGAGAGGACAUGUAGAGAGAGUGCUGAAGCCCUGGCCUCCAAGUUGAACCGUCAGAACCGCUCUCUGAAGAGGAAGAGCAUGAUGCUGCUGCCCCUCCUCGGCCCAGAGGCCAUCGCUGAGAUCAGCCUGGACGAUGAAGAAGAGAACGAGAGUGAAGAGCUACAUGCAGCUAGCAUGGUCUGCCUCUCUGCCCAGUGCCAGACCACCAUCUCAGAGCUACAAAAUAAGUUGGACAAACACCCAGCUGUCACUGAUCUUGAAGCAGUGAGAGAACAACUGAGGGAAACCAGGGAAGAACUGCUGAAAGAGAAACAGGAUAACACUGUUUUAAUUGCUGAGACGCUGCGGCAAAAGAAGCUCCUGGGGAAAUAUAACAGAGUGUCUCAGUUUGCUGUGGAGGAAUAUGAGGCCUUACAGGACACCGUGAACCUGGAGAGGGACCUGAGGACAGAGGCAGAGAGCUUUGCUAGAGCGAUGGUGGUUGAGCAAACAAAGCUGAAGAGACAGAGUCAGAUCCUGAUGCAAAGCUCCUCGCCUAGUCAAGCUCUACAGGAAGCCCUCAGCCAGGUCACCGGACUGACCCAGGAACUGGAGACACAGAGGCUGAAGCACCAGAGCCAGAUGAAGCAGAUGGAGGACAGGCUGCGGAGCUGUGAGCCUCAGAGGGAGCUGACAGCAUUGAGGCGUAAACUGGAGCUCAUGGAGGAGGAGAAGAGAGAGUACAGAAAAAAAUGCUCCAAGGCUGAAGUGGAGGUCAAGGAUCUCCGGGGUGCAGUUGAGGAGCUUCAGAAGAAGCUGCAGGCAGCUACCAACCCGCCCCCAGCUCCAGCGCCUCCCCCUCCCCCACCACCUCCACCCCCUCCAGCCCCAGCUCCAGCCUCCAACCCGCUCAGCGCGCUGUUGUCAUUGAUCCGAAAGAGAACAGACAUCAGUACCGACAUCCCACUGGUGGUCCAGGACUCAGCCAAGACACCAGAAGUGGACAUCAGGCAGCAGGCAGUGGAGGAAAUGAUGCACAGGAUUAAGAAAGGCGUUCAGCUUCGACCUGUCAGCCAGUCACCUAACCGAACCAGGAGACAGAUGGAGAGGCUGCCCUCCAAUUCUGCCAUUCAGGAACUUAAAGGAAUCAUGGAGAACUUCGGUAGAGCCUCCCCCCAACCGAAGGCAGCGUCUCCGUCACCGAGCGGCGACGAGCAGCUGCAGAGGAUCCUGCUGAGACGCCGCGAUGCCCUGGAGUCCCAACACCCUGCCAGUCUCCAUCCCAUCCUGUCCGCCGCUGUGUGAAGGGGGCCCCGGACUGAACUCGGCCUUGACAUCAGCAUCCACCUCCACCCAUAGAGACAGGAUGCGGGAGACGGAAGAUCACAUGACACAAGAUCAAUUUCUAGCAUUUAAUUUGACUGUAUGAUAAAUAAUCAAACCGUAUUAUGAGGAGUGAGUGAUACCGUCAGAUGGUCCUGAUCAGUCGCUCCUGAACUAAGAUCACAAGUGUGUCAGUGAUUGAUGUUGAAGCCUUUGACGUGUAGCCCACAUUCAGCUCUCUUUCUAACACUGAAGGUAAAGUCCUGUUUAUAGUUUGGGAGGAACAGGGGAGCGGCUUGUCUCUAAUUUGUUUUUGUUUCCACUAUUCCCCUCACCCGCUCACACCCCCACCCCAAUCUUCUUACCCGGAUUUUGCACCAGGCUCGUCUGCGCUGCGUUCCUGCUACUCCGCCACGAGCCAUACUCAGCCACGCGCCAAACUCUGCCACAUACCAUACUCUGCACCAUACUCUGCCACACACCAUACUACGUUGCGCGCCAUACUCCAUCCCACGGCUCACGUGAAAAUAGACCUGGGGUAUAUCUUUAGCGGAGCAGAGAGCCGUUUCACGGAUGCUUUUGGGACGCACCAUGAAGCGGCUGGGGGAAUGUCAAGCAUCGACUGAAUGGAUU